CUUUUCAAUUUCCGAAUGAAUUACCGUGUUGGCCUGUAAUUGCAAAAUCACCGAAUACCAAUCCAGACUAAUUACUGGGGUGGGAUAACAACUGAAAUUGCUUAGCUCGUUGCUUAUUGUGGCAGUGCAACAUCUAGAAUCUAUACUCUGUAAAUUAUCGGUAAAAAAGAAACUUGGGAAAGUCUGUGCCACGCUUGGACAGAUAUGGAGCUCUCCGUUCAUUUGGCUGUCAUUCUUUCUGCCUGCAAGAAAUGUGUGAGUGGCCGUGCUACAGUAGCACCUGAGGCUGCAGCAAGCAGAGCCUGGGAACAGGAUCCGAAUGUGACCGCGUGCGGCCCUCGCGCGCCGCCGUAGCUCGAGGACCAUCCCCGCCCCAUCCCCGCCCCCCUCCCGGAUUGGAACCCGGGCCCGGGCCGCUCGCGCCUCUCGGACUCCGGACCCGACGUCAGAGCCCGCCACCUUCUCCGGCAGGUUCUCGCGCUCAAUGCUCGGCCGUAUCCGUUGCUGCUGCUUCUCAGCCGUCCGUCUGCUUGCAACAUGCCGCAGGGGCGACCCGGACGCCAGCAGGAUAUUCAGGUGCUCCUGCAGUCCGUCACCGCUCUCGCUCAGCAGAAGAACGUGGAGCUGCUGGCCCCCUGUGCUUGCGAGUCCCGCUGGCUGCAGUUUGUACCCGGCUCCUGGAAACCUGUGUUGUGUGAUCCAUGUGCCAGAAUUAGAAUGUGAAACGUCAACGCAUUUGCGACUUGCAGCUUGGAUACUUUGCAGUGUUCCUGGGGAGAAGCGGGACUUGCAAUGUUGUGGAAAGUUCGCAUUAUCUCAGUGUUUUACGAGGUUGGACUACCCCGAUAAAUUUAAGUGUUCCAAAACAACGCAUUGUUUGGAAAAAAACUUAAUCUCUUAUCUUUUAAACUUUGUACGCCAUUAUUCAGUUUUACUUCUAGGACCUAUUUUUAAAGUGUGUGAACCGGACACCAGGUACUUUGCAACAGAGUCUUUGCGUUCAGUCUUUUUUAGGGCAAUGGAAGCAGUGUCUUCAAAUACGGAAGAUACUACGAUGAUACUUAUGGAUUGUGAUUUGCAAAGCAAUGAAGAACAUCAGGCAGAAUUAAUACCUGAGCCUGCAACUUGCGUGAGGGAUUUGCCUGCUAACUCAGGCUGGUUACUUUCAGAUUUAAAUGAUAAAGGGCAUCUACAAAAUGAUGUUCCUGAAGGUACAGAAAAAACAGAGGAAACAAAAGAAAAGAGAUUGAAACCAAAGAAGCAGAAGAAAAAUCAAUCUGCUAAAAAUGAAGUCAAAUAUCUUCUGGCAGAACUUCCAUUUCCAAAAGCUGAAAUUAGGGAAGAGUAUGGCUUCACAACACUUCCUGAAAAGACUUCCAAGAAAAAGAGAAAGCGGACUUUAGGUGGUGAGAAUGAUGAUGAUGCAGGUCAAAAAAAGAAGAAAAAGGUUCAUCCAAAUUACUUUGUAUCUAUCCCAAUAACAAACCCAAAGAUUGCAGAUGGCAUCAAGGCUGUACAACACCUUGUAGUACAAGCGGAUGAAAGACUGUCGAAGGCCAUGAUACCAGUUGCCUGUCUCCAUGUUACCCUUCUUGUGAUGCACCUCGCAAAUGAGGUAGAGGUAAACAAAGCAGUAAAUGCUGUUGAAGAAUGCAAGGAGACGGUGCAGGAAAUCCUGCAGGGAAAACAGCUGGCUCUGCGAUUUCAAGGGAUUGCUGAUUUUAGAGGUGAAGUUGUUUUUGCUCAACUAGUGCAAAAUGAACACCUGACAACACUAGCACUCAUUGCAGAGACUGUGAAGACAAGGUUCCAAGCAAAUGGCAUUUUAACUGGAGACAGCAAAGCUUUUAAACCACACCUGACCUUUAUGAAAUUAUCAAGGGCACCAAAACUACGUCACCAGGGAAUUAAGAAAUUUUCUCCAGAACUGUAUAAAAGUUUUGAAGAUCAUUAUUUGGGUGAUGAGAUUGUGACUUGUCUCCAUCUUUGCUCAAUGCAGAAGAAAAAGCAACCAAAUGGCUAUUACCACUGUGAGACAUCAGUUCCUGUGGGGAAAAAGCGUGAUUCUGACGUAAUUAGGAAUGCUCUGCAGAAAGAAACCAUUACAGUACUGUGCAAACUUAAUCAAAUAAAAGAACUAUUGUCGCAUCCAGGGAUACAAAUCAGAAUACAGAGGGAAAUGGCUAUAAGCAAUGCUGCAAUGCAGCAGUGAUAAGCAGGAGGACCUUACUGUCAACAUUGGUUCUUAUGGCUAUUGUGAAAUGGGAAAGAAAAUACAGUGAUAAAGCCUCAUAGGAAAUGAGAACUGAGGCCACUUAAGGUUAAAUGAGAUUUUUACAUAACCAUUAUUUUAUAUUUCAGCUAAUUUGGUUGGAAAGUUUAAAAUUUAUUGACAAAUUGUGGGCCAAAGGGCCUAUACUGUGCUAUACUGUUCUAUGUUCUAUUUGAUCAACAUGUAAUUUGUAACUCCUUAUUCAGUUGAAAUAUAUUUUAUAUAAUAUAUAGAUAUAUGUGCAUCUAUUUAUAUAUACUGCUUUUGUUUUGCAAACAUUAUUAAGUUGAAUAUUGCCAUUGCUGGACCAACACUGAUUACUUUUGGACCAUCAGUGAGAGAUUACCUGAAGAAUAUAUGUUUUGUUUUGGUAGUCUAACCAAUUUAAACCAAAAGAGGUAAAUGGAAAGAGCUGUUCAGAAGACUACUCAUUUCAGUUUCACUUGUUUCAGACUAAUUUGCAUAGCUACAUAAGUGUUCUUGAAUAAGUCAGUAGGUUUUAAUUCAUGAAAUGUAAUUUGUCUCGGCAAAUAUUACUAGUGUACGGUCUAUUAACUUUCCAGCACUGAGUUAUACGAAUGCUUUCUGGCAUUUGAGAUGGCAUGAACUUUUUUGAUUGUUUAGCCAUUAGCGGACUGAGGCCAUCACAUGCUAGGCCAGCAACAAAUGCAUUUAUUGCCUAGAGGGCAGUUUAUGAGUUGGCCACAUAGCUGUGUAGGCCAGACCAGGUAAGGCAGAAAAAAAAGCCAGUUUAUUUUUCCCUCCCCUCCCACCAAUAGUCAGCAUC